UUCUCUUCCUGAACUUGAGUCAGUUUCACUUUCCGUUCUACCUGCUGAGAGCUGGGCUGGACGCCGCGACUUAAGAAGAAAAACAAGUAGUUUAGUGUCAACUAAGUUGUUAUUUUCCUUACAACUUAAACUUAAACUACAACACCUACCUCUAAGUCGACUACAGGAAGUGUGUGUUGGAUGCGAACACAACACGAGCCGAGAAGGUGUAAUUAUGGCCUCUGAAGUUACACCGAGAGCCGAUUUGAAAGAGGCGGAAGAACUGGCCCUAUCUCUGAGUGAAGCCCUCAGCAGCGGGGAUGCAGAGGAAGCAGCCAAACUGUGCCAGAAACUGUCCCAACUCUCUGUCCCAGUGUCCGUCAGUGUCCAAAGUCAGGCCUACCCUCCGGACUCCAUAAGGUUGCGGGUUGGAGUGGAGGAUGCUCAGUCAGAGGACUACAUCCCAGUGACUGUUGUGGUUUCUUCUGACAUGACAAUUGCAGACCUGAAAGAGAAGAUCAGCAAUGACUUUGGGUUCGUCCCUGCGCUGCAGCGCUGGGUGAUAGGGAAGCGGUUGGCUCAGGACCGGGACACGCUGUACAGUCACGGUAUCCGUUCCGACGGUGACCAGGCCUUCCUGUUUAUCCUCUCCGCCCCUGCUGUCAAUCUCACACGCCAGCAACACAAGCUGGACCAGGAGCAACAACGCAUAGAGGGCAUCAUGGAGUCCAUUCAGCUUUUCCCCAGAGGGCUGGGCGGAGGUGGUGCUGAGAAGACCGCUCCCCCCCUAGAGACUCCUCCUCCUCCUCCUCCUCCUCCUCCUAAACCUGCUGUGCUUCCUAAACCUAAGUUGGGCUGGGCCUGUUCUAUGUGCACGUUCUUGAACAAACCAACGCGUCCUGGCUGUGAGAUGUGCGGAGGGGACCGGCCGACAGAUUACCAGGUGCCUGAAGUCUACCAGCCAGACCCACAGGAGGUUCUUCGAAUCCAGCAGGAACAACUGGCCAUGUUGCAGUAUGAACAGGCUCAGCAGGAAGAAAGAGAGAGGAAUUUCCUGCACUUGUUGGCAACAGAGGAACAUAAUGUUAUCCCCAACACCACAGAGGCAGACUGUCCCAUCUGCUUUACUGCCCUGGAGCCAGGAGAGGGCAUCGUGCUCAGAGAGUGUCUACACAUGUUCUGCAGGGAGUGUCUCAAAGGCACAAUAGUGAACAGUCAAGAUGCUGAGGUGUCCUGUCCUGAGAAUUGUGAGAGCAAGCUACUGGACCGAGAGAUCAAAGCUCUGCUCACAGAAGAGGAGCACCAGCGGUUUCUGGAGUUGCGCCUGAGCAUCGCAGAAAGUCGCUCCGAGCACAGCUUCCACUGCCAGACUGCCAACUGUCGAGGGUGGUGCAUCUACGAGGAUGAAGUCAAUGAGUUCCACUGUGAACUCUGCGAUGAGACCAACUGCAUUCUCUGCAGGGCUAUCCAUCAAGGCAUGAAUUGCAAGGACUACCAGGAUGACCUGCGCAUCCGAGCAGAGAACGACAUGGCAGCUAAGCAAACUAAACAGAUGCUGGAGAGUCUGCUACAGAACGGAGAGGCCAUGAAAUGUCCACGGUGUGACAUCAUCGUCCAGAAAAAAGAUGGCUGUGAUUGGAUCUGCUGUUUGAUGUGCAAGACAGAAAUCUGCUGGGUCACCAAACAGGCUCGCUGGGGUCCAAAUGGCAGCGGUGACACAUCUGGAGGCUGUAGAUGUCGAGUCAAUAAUCAGCCUUGCCAUCCCAACUGCCAGAAUUGCCACUGAGGGAAGCACACUAAUGAACAAACACAGACGGCUGCAAGCACAUGACACAUCUGAAGAAACGCAGACCUCGGCUGAUGUUUAGGCUGUUAGCUUAAUGCUGGCUCCCUCUAUGUGCUUACUUUUCUCAUUGUUUGUUGUUUUGUCACUGAUGCACACCUUUCUAUGUCAGUGCAGUAAAAAGGAUACAAUACAGUACAGGC